AUGGAGGGAGAAACAUCAUACACAGCAGGUUCACCACCAAUUUUUUAUGGUGAGGAGUACGAAUUAUGGGCUGCAAGGAUGACUGCUCAUCUUGAAGCUUUGGAUCUUUGGGAGGCAGUAGAAGAAAACUAUGAUGUUCCUGAACUACCUUUAGAUCCAACGGUGGCUCAGAUGAAGAAUCACAGAGAAAGGAAGACCAAAAAGGCUAAGGCUAAAAAUUGCCUUUUCUCUGCUGUGUCAAAAAUUAUUUUUACAAGAAUUAUGAACUUCAAGUCUGCCAAACAGAUUUGGGAUUAUCUCAGAUCAGAAUAUCAAGGCUGUGAAAGAACCAAAGGCAUGCAAGUACUCAACUUGGGCAGAGAAUUCGAGAUGCAGAGCAUGAAAAAGACUGAAACAAUUAAAGGCUACGCUGACCGGCUGUUAGGCAUAGCAAAUAGAGUGAGGCUUCUUGGGAAGGACUUUCCUGAUGAAAGAAUAGUGCAAAAAAUCCUGGUCACUAUACCCGAGAAGUAUGAAUCGAAGAUAUCAGCAUUGGAGGAGUCUAAAGACCUGUCAACCAUCACCUUGGGAGAACUCAUAAAUGCUCUACAAGCCCAGGAGCAUAGAAGAAUGAUGAGACAAGAGGAGGUGGUACAAGGUGCGUUUCAUACGAAAGCACAAAAUUCAAGAGGUGGCAAAGACAAGAAGAACAACAAAUAG